AACCGCAACUGGCGCGCAGCGCAGAUGGUCGCGUAAACAGGUCUUAGACAAAGUGAUACUGUAGCUAGCUAACGUCGGGCAGGAAAGGGGUUCAGACUUCAAUCAGAAUACAGAGAUCGGCAGUUAUCCUGUGUAGCUGUCUGUGAAGCAAGCUCUGUGUCUAUGACCUUCCUGUCAUCGGGCCAGCAGGCAAAAUGUACCCCCCUGCCAGAAAGGAUUUUGUGUCUUUAACUGUGUCUGAGCGGGACCCCCGCAGCUACAACAACGGCAAGCAGUGGAGGCGACAGUCCUGCUGGAGGAAGUGGAAGCAGCUGUCGCGGCUACAGCGCUGCCUCAUCCUCUUCCUGCUGGCACUGCUCCUGUUCUGCGGGAUCGUGGCGUAUCCCAGCCUGGUGGGACACUGGAGAGGCCUGUCGGACAGGGCGGUGAAUGACUGGGUCAAGGGACCCGACCACGACCGGAAGCCCAUUGUGCCAGCGGUGAUCCCUGAGCCUCAGAAACAGAACGGACCUGUCCUGCCCCCGCCUCCCCCACAGAAGAAGGCCUUCCCAAAGCGGGGUCCCCCGGCCUUACAGAACCGCCUGCAGAAGAAAGGGAACGUGUCAGACUCGCAGGUGGAGGAGAGCCAGGUUGCAGUGAAGAGUGGAGAGGCUGGGGAAGGGGAGAAGCCACUGGUCAGCUGGAGAGGGGCAAUGAUUGAGGCAGAUCAGGCCCCUGAGCUGCAUCCUUCAGUGCAGGAGAAGGAGCCGGAGGGUGAGAAGGGGGACGUGGAGCCUGCGGACACCAGAGACAGCACCCCCCUGCAGCCCGACCUGGACUCGGUGAAGCGGUUGGAGGCAGUGAAAGAGGCCUUCAGGCACGCCUGGAAGGGCUACAAGGAGUUUGCCUGGGGUCACGAUGAGCUGAAGCCGGUCUCCAAGUCCUACAGCGAGUGGUUCGGCCUGGGCCUGACCCUCAUCGACUCGCUGGACACCAUGUGGAUCAUGGACCUAAAAGAAGAAUUCGAGGAGGCCAGGGCCUGGGUGGCCACGCAGCUGACCUUCAACAAGAACGUGGACGUCAACCUGUUUGAGAGCACCAUCCGAAUACUCGGGGGGCUCCUGAGCACCUACCACCUGACCGGAGACGCGCUCUUCCUCGACAAAGCGAAAGAUAUAGGAUCCAGAUUAAUGCCGGCCUUCAACACCCCCUCCAAAAUCCCGUACUCAGACGUGAAUAUUGGGAAGGGCACGGCCCACCCCCCUCGCUGGACCUCAGACAGCACUGUGGCGGAAGUGACCAGCAUCCAGCUGGAGUUCAGGGAGCUGAGCCGCCUCACCCAGGAGCCUCGCUAUAGGGACGCGGCGGACACAGUGAUUAAGCUGGUGCACACGCUGGAGGGCAAGCAGGAUGGCCUGGUGCCCAUGUUCAUCAACACCAACAGCGGGCAGUUCACCCACCUGGGCGUGUACACGCUGGGGGCCCGCGCCGACAGCUACUACGAGUACCUGCUGAAGCAGUGGAUCCAGGGCGGGAAGAAGGAGAAAGAGCUGCUGGAGGACUACCUGCAGGCCAUGGAGGGGGUGAAGAAGAACCUGCUGAGGAAGUCUUCCCCCAGCGGACUCACCUUCGUAGGGGAGCUGUCCCACGGCCACUUCAGCCCCAAAAUGGACCACCUGGUGUGCUUUCUGCCCGGGACGCUGGCGCUGGGCGCCCACAACGGCCUGCCCUCCGAGCACAUGGAGCUGGCCAAGCAGCUGAUGGAGACCUGCUACCAGAUGUACACCCAGAUGGAGACGGGGUUGAGUCCCGAGAUCGUGCACUUCAACAUGCAGGGCGGGGAGGCCCGCGACGUGGAGGUCAAGCUUGCAGACAGACAUAACCUUUUGCGGCCGGAAACGGUGGAGAGCCUGUUCUACCUGUACAGGUUCACCGGGGACAGGAAGUACCGUGACUGGGGCUGGGAGAUCUUCCAGAACUUCAACAAGUACACCAGGGUCCCCUCCGGAGGUUACACCUCCAUCAGCAACGUGCGUGACCCAGACUACCCCAGCCCCCGGGACAAGAUGGAGAGCUUCUUCCUAGGGGAGACGCUGAAAUACCUGUUCCUGCUGUUCUGGGACGACCCCAAACUGCUGAGCCUGGACGAGUUCAUCUUCAACACCGAAGCCCACCCCCUGCCCAUCUGGCUUCCCGCCCAGUGAGCGGCCCCACCCGACAGGAAGUUGACACGCGUACGUUUACACACCUCAGGGCUUGGACACGGCUGAGAUCCCGCUCUCGACCCCCCCC